ACUUCUCGUUGUACUUGGUAAGACGUAGCUAAAGCCCAUGUUAAACCCUAAUACCUCCGAUGGAUUUCUUCGAUUUGAGCAUUCCGUGCGAUGAAAAGGAUGUAAGAUCGUGACGAAAGCCAUGGAAUUGGGAUACUUUGGGAUCGCGUAUAAUCGCUCGAUGAAGGGCGUAAUGUCGGAGAAGGAUCGUUGUGCAAUCCCUCUUCUCACCAUUGAAUCACUCGUCAAGUUGGCUCCGCCCUUGGCUUCGUCGGUCGGUUUCCACAGACACCUCCUCGGGGUCCGGAGAGAAACUCCGUUCCGACAGUACACGCGCAUCACGGUCUCCGUUGAGAGUAACGCUCAGAGUCUGGCUUUGAACUCGGACAACCCGGUUCUGAAAAGUUACGAUGUUGUUGGUGUUAGGCCUUUGAAUCAGAGCGCGUUUGAUCAAGCUUGUGAAAAAGCAAAGGUCGAUAUGAUUUCAAUCGAUUUCUCGGGCAAUCUGGCAUUCCGGCUGAAACAUCCCAUGGUUAAGGCUGCAGUUCAGAGGGGGAUUUACUUCGAGAUCAGAUACUCGGAUCUUUUGGUGGACGCCCACAAGAGGAGGCAAGUUAUAUCGAAUGCCAAGCUGUUGGUGGAUUGGACAAGAGGGAAGAAUUUGAUCAUAUCAAGUGGUGCUCCUUGUGUCACAGAACUACGGGGGCCAAUCGACGUGACGAAUCUAAUGUCAUCAUUGCUUGGAAUCUCUACUGAAAGAGCCAGAGCUGCCAUUUCGAAAAAUUGCAGGAAUAUGAUAAGCAACGCUCUGAGGAGAAAACGCUUCUACAAAGAUACUGUGCGGGUUGAACUAGCAUCUCCGGAAGAAAAUUUCAACCUCAGAUGGGACCCCCUCUCCAGUGGCGACGAUGGUGAUAUGGCUUUAGAUGAUCUUUCCAAAGCUUUUGCUGAAACUACUAAGUCCUCAAAGGCGAUUGACUUUGCUUGUAUACUUGAUGACUUGCCAUCACAUGGUUUUCGGUUUAAUGACAAGGUGAAUGAUGAUGAACCAGUGGUGCAGAGUGAUCAAGCUUCUGAACUACCUUUGGCUGCACCUGAUGGUAAUCUUCUAGAAAAUGGACCCAUGAGCCAUACUUCUGACCAGAAGAAGGUUUAAUCAAGUGCUCUUGAGAUAC